CUGGCCGACUACCCAUCCCAUCAUGCACAGAGCCUUGCUGUCGUGGUUAAUGGAGGCUCCAUCUGGACAUCGACCGACGCGGGCGCCACCUGGACGGAGCAAACCGCCGCUGGUUCCCGUGAUUGGCGGUCGAUCGCGUCUUCGUCGGAUGGCACGAGCCUUGCCGCCGUGGUGUAUGGUGCCUCUAUCGUAUACGUCGACCGACGCGGGCGUGUCCUGGACGGAGCAAACCGCCGCUGGUUUCAGUAACUGGAAAUUGAUUGCGUCCUCGUCGGAUGGCACGAGACUUGCCGCCGUUGCGGACCCAGGCUCCAUCUGGACCUUCGGGUAGGUGUGUGCAAUUGGCUGGGGGAGAAUUAGGAAACCACGUACUUUCACACCUCUCCCCGCCUGGCCCUAGUCUUGCUACAAGGCUAAAUGAGUUGAAUCAUCGAGUAGUCCUUAAGCCACCAGUCGGCGUCCAACUAGGGUCAGAGUUAAACAACCGACAACUUUCACAUCUCUCAAAGAGAGAAUUGAAGAAUUGUGAGAAAAACAUCAGAUUUAAAGGAAGCUUUAAAGAAAGAGCAACGAUUUUUCCUGGACAAGGAUCAGAGACUAUGGCCUUUCAAGCACUUCUCAGGGAAAUGUGAUACUACGGACAAUUUUUUUAGGGACAAUGACUCUGGAACAAGAUGAAGGAAGUGGGCCCUUCUAUGCUUUAGAGAAAGAGAUAUGAUACUGAUUUACAGGGAGCCUACAAUCGAGUGACAAUUUUUCCCCUUUAUUUAUAUGAUUCUAUAAGUUUUGAGAUAUGUUGCAAUAAAUUAUGGAUGAGCUGAAAACAAGGAGCUUUCCAGCUUGUAAGUAUAGACACAGAGCCUGAUUUUGAAAUGACGGCGAUAAUUCCGUUAGGGUUAAAUUAUUCAGGGACAAUGACUCUGUAGCAAGAAGAAGGGAGUGGGCCCUUCUAUGCUUUAGAGAAAGAGACUGCUAUUAUUAUCACACUAUACGGGGAGUCUGGUUCAGCGAGAAAAAAUGAUGGGCUUUUUAUCUGCCUUAUGGGGCUAAACUGAUGUAAUGCUCGAAGUCCUCUGGGAUUCUAAAUGUUAUAAGCAAAUCGAAAGCAUAUUUACCGUUUUCCCUCUAUGAGUAUGGAGAGUUGAUAUUUUAAAGAAGCUUAGAAAGAGGACGGUUUCCUACAGGGGAUGCCAUUGCCUUCCCCAAAGAUAGUAACAUGCGAAGAAACGUGCUGGACUCCUUCCCAAAUCAUGUUCUGAAAUGGCCAUUUAACAAAGUAUUGAGGUAAUUGAGCAGUUAGAUAUCAAGUUGGCCUGGCACGACCAAAAGAAAAAUAAGGGUUUACAUAUCCCUUCAUUCAGG